AUGGCCCACAAAAGGACAAUAGUGAUGCAGCUAGAGGCCUGUAGACAAGACACGCGGUCUCCAUCCUUUGGAUCUCCACUCUAUAAAGGGACUUCUUCACAGCAGGAGUGGAACUUGCAUGUGGUUACACAGUCAUCGCAAUACCGUAGUGAGUCUCAGGGAUCGCCGCUGUUUCACCAAUACAUGCCUCCACGGCCUAUUAAGAGUCAAACAGGAAAGGUACUUGGGACUGAAGUUGAUAACGCCGCACAGAGAUCAAGUCCAGUGCAAAAUUUGAAUAAUGCAAUCCCUUGCUCUCCUUCCCCACUCGCUGAGGCGCGCUAUCCGUGUUUGGGAGGCCUUUACAGACCCGCGUCCUCUACUGGUUCUCGACCUUGUGGCGAGCUCGCCCCAGCCACGUCAUCUUCACCUCCACAGCGGGCGGCCUCCGCAAUUAUGUCACCCCCGCGAACAAAGGCCACAUACUAUGAUGGUUGUGGCAUCAUUGUAGAGGAGCGGGAUCCCUUAACGAGAGAGGUCAUGUGUAGGUAUAGUUGUGGAUCGUUGCUUGGCACAGGUGGUUUUGCACAAGUCUAUGAGUUCAAAGAUUUGGCGACGAAUGCGCAAUAUGCCGGGAAGAUAAUUGAUAAAGGAAAUUUGGUGCGUCGCGGCUCCGAGGCGAAGUUGCGAAUGGAAAUUGACAUCCACAGCAGAGUGAGGCAUCCGCAUAUUGUGCAGUUUGUAAAGGCUUUUCAAGAUGACUCUUACCAUUAUAUUCUCUUGGAACAGUGCAGAAAGAAGAGUCUAAUGGAUUUGUCGAAGGAGCGAGGUGUUUUUACUACCGGUGAAAUACAGUACAUCAUGACUCAAAUUGUGUCAGCUGUUGAAUAUAUGCAUAGUAACUUGGUUAUUCAUAGAGACUUAAAGCUCGGGAACAUUAUGAUUGAUGCUUCCGGGAACAUGAAGGUGGGAGAUUUUGGGUUUGCUAGUGAGCUUGCCUCGGCGUCAGAUAAGAAGAAGACAACGUGUGGUACGCCCAACUACAUUGCCCCUGAGGUGCUUGCUACCGAAAAGACGGGGCUGGGAUACGGUUUAGAGGCGGACGUCUGGAGUUUGGGAGUAAUCCUGUACGCAUUGGCGUUUGGUACCCCUCCGUUUGAAACGAAGGACAUCAAGGCAACGUACAACAGAAUACUCCGUGUGUACUAUCGUUUUCCAACUGGGACAGCGGUGCCAGAAUCGUGUAAGGAACUAAUUCAUUGGAUGUUGCAAAAGCAACCGCAACAACGACCAAGCCCAGCACAAAUUUUAAGUCACAGUUUCUUGUGCCACCCACCGCCUGCCGGCACAGUGCCAAGAUCGCUUCUGCCUCCUCAAGCAACUAGAUCUACAUCUUCCAAUGGGCGUGGCAGUCCGUUGUGGGCUUCACCCAUUGCAAUUCAUUCCCCAUUUGCCUACUGUGACGCGGUGCCUACGGACUACCAAAAAAAUGUAUUGCAGAAGGAGGAUCAGAAGACAAGAACGGAUCAUAAACUACAAAUGACACUACACGAGUUCCUUAAGGAAAAUGAUUGUAUUAGUGAGGCGGCGUCUGAAGUGCGUUAUUCACGUACACCUGGUAAGUUAGUUUUACCAAAACCUCCUUCACCUUCAGUCAUGCUUAAGAGCAGUGUCCACUCCAACAAGUACGGUUACGGAUUUCUCGUGUAUCAAAAUAGGAAGCAGUAUCCAAUUGUUUUUCUUAACGAUAAAACGAAGCUGAUCUAUGACGUUGAUGCAGAUACGGUUUUUUACUAUGGAAGGGCUUCGAUGCAAACAGUCGCACCAGGCGCCGGAAACCGAAGUCCAUUGCUAAGUGAAGAGCUUGCCGCCAAAGGUUUUCGUGAUGAGUUGGUUGUUUUUCCCAAUGCCUCAACUGUCCUGGCGCAACGCAAUACAGGCAAAGAUGCUGCGAGUUGUUUGGAGGCUAAUGCUGCGAAAAAAUUAGCUAUAACCAAGUUUUUUGUUCCCUACCUUGAAGGAAACAGGAGAGAUGAACACACGGUGACGAUGCCAUGUGCCUCGAGAGAGUGGCGCCUUGCCUGGGACACCGAACUGUUCGCUUCGUGUGGUGCAGGGGAUGAACAAGGUGAUGUUGUCUACGUGAAGGAUGCUGUUUUGAAGUCCUUGUACAAAUUGACAGGGGAGUAUCGUGAUGCGGAUAUUCAACUGCUUGUUGCUCGCAUGUCAGAUGGCUCCUUUCAUAUCUCUGUGCGUUGCAAUGACACAUCGCAGCCCUUGUUUCGCCCAAAAUACAACACACUUGAGUCAGCCGAGGACAGUUUGCCGUGGUGUCUGGACAUCCUCGUGUACGCAGGGUUUCGUGCGGUUAUGGUGAUGGAAACAAAAAAGAAUGCCUUUGCGCUCUCCUUUUGGGACAUCAGACGUGACACCAAGACGGUGAAGGAUGGAAGGGUGUACUUUGCGGCAGGAAGUACGACAGAAGCCAGGUCCAUCAUGUUGCCGACAGCCUUGCUGCGCACGGUCACCAUUCUGCUUCGAAAAGCCCGUUACUGCGACGGUAUUGUGGACUGUUUUUGUUGA